AUGAAAUGGGAAAGGGAAAGAGUUGAAGCCGAUGAGCAAACAUUAGAUGAUCUAAAGAAGAUGCAGAAUAAAGGCUUUAAAUCUCGAUUAGCAGCGGGUGUGAAGAAUGCUUUUGGGGGUUUCUUCGAUCUCGUUCUCGAUUUAGGCAAAGACCAACAAGCGAUGCUUCAGAACAAGAGGAAAACCUUCACGUUUUGGUCAUAA